GCUGGAGGACGUGUUUCAGCAGAUGGUUAGGGUUAGUGUGUGUCAUCACAUCGAGAAAGGAUUAGAGGAGGAAGGUUGUCUUCAAGGAGCAGUGUGGUCCACACAAACACUCUGACUUCAUGAGCAGAGGACCUCAAGAGAGAACGGCUCAACAAGAGAUAUCAACUUCAUGAACAAGUCUGUGACAUCCUGUUAUUCAGAUUACCUUGUGAAGACUCAAACCUUCUGAGUGUUCUUGAGCCCCUGUUUGCGAUCUAAUCAUGCAGCUGGUGAGCCUGGCCUGGAUGAUGGCCCUGGCUGCCCCACUGGUUUGCUAUGGCUUCACCACCCGCGGUCAAGGCCUGCGUGGGCGGGUUCAGGGCGACCGGCGGAACAUCAGACCCAACAUCAUACUCAUCAUGACAGAUGACCAGGACGUGGAGCUUGGUUCGCUACAGGUGAUGAACAAAACUCGUAAGAUCAUGGAGGACGGUGGUACAUCAUUCACCAAUGCAUUUGUGUCUACGCCCAUGUGCUGUCCAUCACGCUCAUCCAUGUUGACGGGGAAGUACGUUCACAACCACAAUACAUACACCAACAACGAGAACUGUUCCUCGCCUUCCUGGCAAGCUCAGCAUGAGCCACGUACCUUUGCUGUUUAUCUCAACAAUACUGGAUACAGAACAGCUUUCUUUGGGAAGUACCUCAAUGAGUAUAACGGCAGCUACAUCCCACCUGGGUGGCGCGAAUGGGUGGGGCUGAUCAAAAAUUCCCGUUUCUAUAAUUACACUGUCUGUCGGAAUGGGAACAAGGAAAAGCAUGGAGCAGAUUAUGCCAAGGACUACUUCACUGAUUUAAUCACCAACGACAGUAUCAACUACUUCAGAAUGUCCAAGCGCAUGUACCCGCAUCGGCCGGUGAUGAUGGUAAUCAGCCAUGCAGCGCCUCACGGCCCAGAGGAUUCAGCACCCCAGUACUCAGAGUUCUUCCCAAAUGCUUCCCAGCACAUAACUCCUAGCUACAAUUACGCACCAAACAUGGACAAGCACUGGAUCAUGCAGUACACAGGCCCGAUGAAGCCAAUUCACAUGGAGUUCACCAACUUCCUGCACAGGAAGAGGCUCCAGACGUUGAUGUCUGUAGAUGACUCUGUGGAAAAGAUAUACAAUGCUCUGGUCGACACCGGGGAGCUGGAUAAUACCUAUAUAAUUUACACAGCUGACCAUGGGUAUCACAUCGGGCAGUUUGGACUGAUCAAGGGGAAGUCUAUGCCCUAUGAUUUCGACAUUAGGGUGCCAUUAUUUGUUAGGGGUCCAAAUGUGGAGGCAGGUGCAAGAAACAAUCAUCUUGUGCUAAACAUUGAUCUAGCACCCACAAUCAUGGACAUUGCUGGUCUUGACAGUCCACAUGAUAUGGAUGGCAAAUCUAUCCUGAAACUUCUAGAGCAGGAAAAGUCGGGGAAUAGAUUCAAAUCCAACCGGAAACCCAAAGUCUGGAGGGACACAUUCCUUGUGGAGCGGGGCAAAAUCCUGCGCAAGAAGGAAGACUCAGGAGGCAACGUGAACACCCAACACUCCAAUAGCUUACCCAAAUACAAGAAAGUGAAGGAGGUGUGUCAGCAGGCCGAGUUUCAGACGCCCUGUGAACAACCAGGACAGAAAUGGCACUGUGUCGAGGAGGUCAGUGGGAAAUUGCGUUUGCAGAAGUGUAAGGGUUCCCUGAAGGAAGGAUCCAAGAAAAGGGCAAGGAGUCUCCGUUCUCGUAGCUAUGACAGCCGGGAGAAAGACUGCCACUGCGGAGACCAACCUUACAAAACAGCCAAGGCAGAGCGCCGGGCACACAGACGGUUCGCUCAGAGCAGCAAUCCACGCUACAGACCUCGCUUUGUGCACACUCGGCCUGCCAGAUCUCUGUCAGUGGAGUUUGAGGGAGAGAUCUAUGAUGUGGACCUGCAGGCUGAUGACAAAACUCCCCUUGAACCUCGACCAAUCAGCAAACUUCACUAUGAGCCUGAGGGAGCCUUUGAUCCGGACUUAGGGCUGGAGUCUGACGAUGGCUCCGAAGAAAUGCAGUCAGAUGACACUAAUGCAGUGGGCUACCCCAAUUCUCUCAAAGUUACACACAAGUGUUUCAUACUUAUUAAUGACACUGUGCGCUGUGAAAGGGAAAUUUACCAGUCCUCCAAAGCAUGGAAAGACCACAAGAACUUUGUGGAUCAGGAGAUUGAACUUCUCCAGAAUAAAAUGAAGAAACUCCGUGAGGUUAGAGGUCAUCUAAAGAGGAGGAGACCAGAUGAAUGUGACUGUGGAAAGAAGAGCUAUUAUAGCAAAGAGAGAGAGCAGAAUAACAAACCUGAGAGAUUGAAGAAUAGGAAUGACCACCUCCAUCCCUUUAAAGAGGCCAUGCUGGAAGUGGACAGCAAGGCUCAACUCUACAAUGAGAUCCGUCGCAGGAAGAAAGAGAGGAAGGAGAGGAAGAGGCAGAGGAAGGGUGAUAACUGCAGUCUUCCUGGCCUCACCUGCUUCACGCAUAAUAAUGAACAUUGGCAGACCGCCCCCUUCUGGAACUUGGGUGGCUUCUGUGCCUGCACAAGCUCCAACAACAACACAUACUGGUGUCUGAGAACUAUUAAUGAAACUCACAACACGCUGUUCUGUGAAUUUGCCACUGGAUUUCUGGAAUACUUCGACCUAAACAGUGAUCCUUACCAGUUAACAAAUACAGUUUAUACUGUGGAGAGAGAUGUUCUGAGCCAACUGCAUCUUCAGCUAAUGGAAAUGAGGAGCUGUCAAGGCCACAAACAGUGCAACCCCAGACCAAAAAGUUCAGAUGCAGAGCACAACCAGCCUGGGACUUACACAAAGGUUAAGAUGCCCAAUUUCACAGAGGAUGUCAACUGGCAAGGACUGGCAGAUCUGUACAGUGUGAAUGAGAGUCUGUAUGAACACAGACAUAACUACAGUCCAAGCCUGGAUGACUGGACAAACUUUUGGAAGGAUGUAGAUAGUAUGUUUGCACUGCUGAGAAAUUUAAAGGAACUCAACCAAACCAAGAAGCUUGAUCCGCUGGCUGAGCUGGGCUCUGGGGUCCUGGAGGAGGCCAGCGGUGCUGGAAGCCUUGUCCUAGAGAAAUGGCCCCCUGUGGUCACUCCGAGCCCCGCCACAGCAGGCCUGACUCCCCAAACACAUACAGAGACUCUCAAGUCUCUUAAUGAUCUCCCAGAAGGUCGCCAAACUGAACUGAGUGGUCUUCUCAGAGGAGGCACCUGGGUUCAGCAGCUUGAAAAUGAGCUGGAUGAUGACGGGAUGACAUUUAGUGGCAACGGCGUCACUGAGCUGGAGACUCACCAUGACUUCCUGUUGCGCAGCUCCAACAUCAUGCAAGAGCAACGACUGGAACUCCAUCAGACCCCAAAACAACAGCAGGAGGAUGAGGAGGACAUUUUUCAGGCCCAAGUUUACCUUCCUCUCUCCCCACAGCCAGCCAAACCCCCAGAGCAAACUGAAAAGAUGCCUCCACCACAGCCUGACACCCCUCAGGAGAGGUGGAAUGAAAGCAUCAAACCCGAUACCCUCAAGCCCAGGGACCCUCAGGACUCGGAGGGUAGUGCCUCGGGCCAUUCCCCUUUGAGAAAGGACUGCUGCCAUGCACUGUAUAGCCAGCCAACUCAAAGACACUAACCCCAUAGAGCAUGGACUGCUUCCUAUGUAUGAAUCAUCUAAUGAAUUAUAUUAUUUUUUACAGGUGUUUUACAUUUAUUAGAAAUCAGUGUUAUGUAUUUUGUUUUAUAUAUAUAUAUAUAAACCGUAAUGUGCAAAAGUUUUAGGCACUUGUCAAAAAAGUUGCAUAGUGAGGAUGUCUUCAAAAAUAAUGCAAUAAAUAGUUUUCAUUUAUCAGUUAAUGUCAUGCAAAGGCCAGUGAACAUAAAAACCUAAAUCAAUAUUUGGUCUGACCUCCUUUGCCUUCAAAACAGCAACAAUUUUCCUAGGUAGACCUGGACACAAAUUUUCUUUGGUAGAUAGGAUGUUCUAAGCUUCUUGGAGAAUUCACCACAGUUCUUCUAUUUAUUUAGGCUGUCUCUGUUGCUUUUGUCUCUUCAUGUGAUCCCAUACUGACUUGAUUUUCAGUGAGGGGCUCUGUGGGGGCCAUGUCUUCUGUUGCAGAGCUCCCUGUUCUUCUAUUAUUUUUGCCAAAGGAAUAUUUGGGAGUAUAAAAUGUAUAUUUCCUAUUGACACACUAAAGUUGAAGAUGUAAAUAACCAUCUUAAGACAAAGUUUUUGUGAAACAUCUUAAGUGACUAAAACUUUUGCACAGUACUAUGUAUGUAUGUAUGUAUGUAUGUAUGUGUGUGUGUGUGUGUAUAUAUAUGUGUGUAUAUAUGUGUGUG